AUGGAUAUCGACAUUCGCAAUCCAUGGUUUUGCAACCCCUUGCAACCAGAAAGCAAUAAUUCAGUCCUUGCCACGCAAAGAACCUCUUUGCGUGGGCAACACGCAAAGAACUCUCUUUGCGUGGGCAAAUACAGUGAGGCUCCUCCAUAUAAGUAUCCACCCAACCUUACCACAGUCUUACAGAUAUCACAUCAAGAACGAAGAAAUCAGAUAUAUUCUUUACAAGAACAAAGCGCGGACUUUAAGAUGAAUAGCAAGUUGAUCGUGAUUGUGCUGAUGCUGGUUUUGCUAACAACUCUUCAUGAAAGUGAUGCCUGGCGAAGACGAAGAAGAAGUGCGGGGCUGAACAAAAAUCCAAGGAUGCCAUUUGCAAAGGAAGACGCUAAAGAAGACGCUAACAACAGAGCAUAUGAAGACGAGAUUCACAAGGAUCUGAUGAAUGAAAUGGACAUUGACUGAAUGAAAGGACAGCUAAUUCAUAUGUACUAGUUAACAUACAACAACUGUAUUCAAUAUAAUUCUUGAAAGUAAAAAGUGCAUGUAUGAGA